AUGAAUAUAACUAGCAUUGAUUCAUAUGUCACCCAGCUGACCUUCUGGGAAACGAAGGGCUACGAGAUUCUCAAAUCCAUAUUUCUUGUCACAGCAAGCUUAUUAAUCUCCAGCUGUAUCUACCUCAUCAUUGUUCUACUGAUUGUCUUCUUCACUACUCCACAUGUCCAGGAGAAUGCUCGAUAUAUACUCUUCGCCCACAUGCUCAUCAAUGAUACAUUGUAUCUCAUCCUGGCAUUUGUCCUCUCAGUGGCCUUUACGUAUCUUGUAUACAUUCCAAUGCCCAUCUGCUAUAUAAUGGUCAGUCUUGCUCUUGCGACCUUCAAGGUGACUCCCUACAACCUAGCCGUCAUGGCAUUGGAGCGUUACAUAGCCAUUUGUUUCCCUUUGAGGCACGUCGUGUUUUGUACCACUCAACGAUCUUAUUUAGUCAUUGCAGUCUUGUGGUUUAUUGGAACACUACCUAAUGUUGCCGAUUUUAUUGUCUUGAUUGUCACAGCUGAGAAGAGUUUUUUCUCCCAAUAUCUACUAUGUACCCAUGAUUCAAUCAUAUUGAAACCUUUGCAGUCCAGUAUAAGGUCCUUCACCUUGAUCACUAGUAUAAUUCUGGUGAGUCUUAUCAUAAUGUUUACCUACAUCAGAGUUAUUCUCAUAGCGCGAAAAACUAAUUUCAAGAGUUCUUCUGCUUCGAAGGCCGGUAGGACCCUAAUGCUCCAUGCCUUUCAAUUGCUAUUAAGUCUCCUGUCAUUGACAUCCACGUUCACAGAGUCAUACAAAGGAGAAUAUGUCAUAGUUUUGGUUUCCUUUAAUUUCCUGUUUUUUAUGUGUUUGCCACGGCUCCUCAGCCCUCUUAUAUAUGGCAUUAGAGAUGAAGUGUUCAGAAAAUGCAUUAAGAAGAUGUAUUUCUUAAAACAAUAA